CAACUAUUAUCAAUGAUAUGAAAGGAGAACCCAAAGAGUCGACAGUUCCAACAAUCGGGUUUUCCAGUGCGGAGUUCAAGUUAUUGAAUUUUAAAGUGACAGCUUAUGAUGUUGGUGGUGGACCUCGUAUCCGAGGAAUAUGGAAAGAUUAUUAUGCGGAGAUAUUUGGCGUUGUUUAUGUUGUUGAUGCAAGUGACCGUGAGAGAAUAGCAGAUUCCAGAACAGUUUUACGUGAAGCAUUAUCAGAUUCAAGACUCUCUGGGAAACCUUUUGUUGUGUUUGCAAAUAAACAAGACAUUGAUGGAGCAAUGUCUGAACAAGAUAUUGAUAUGGAAUUUGAGUUAGAGCAGUUGGCAAAGAAAUGUGAAAGUCGUUAUAAAGUUUUCCAGUGCACAGCUUUACUCAAUGAGGGUCGAAAAAUUGACAGUCAGCUAAAGAAAGGUUUAUGGUGGUUGUUACAAACUAUGAAUGAGGAUUUUGUAUCUUUGAAGGAGCAAGUUGAGAAAGAUGUUGAGAUUCAGAAAGAGGCCGAGAAGAAGACGAGGGCUGAGCGCUUGGAAAGGGUUAGAAAAAAUCGGGAAGAAAGAGAACGCGCCGAACGAGAAAAGGAAGCCGCUAAAAAUAAAGAGACUGUCGAUUCUGAUGACGAAGGCGUUGUUUUUAGAAAUGUGUUACCAAGGGUAAAGGGUCUCUCGAAAACGAAGGGAAACGGAACAAAAAAAAUUAGAAUUUGAGGAAGAGAAUGUGGAAAAUGUUGACGAAAAUGUGGAACAACCUGAAUCACAAAACGUGGUUAAUGAACAGAAUACCGAAGAUAUAAUCGAAUAACCUCUGUCAGAAAAUAUUCAUCAACUAAACGAGAGUGAAAACCAAGCAGUAACUAAGAAGAAACGAAAGAAGAAGAAGAAAGCGAAACGUAAUCAAACUGUUCCGAGUGACGAUGGAGAGAAUAGCGACGCUGGAAUCGUUUUGAAACACAUUGCUUGGAGAGGUUCAUGGACCCCAUUAAACGGUUUCCCCGGCAAUGGCAGGAAAUUAGAGCCAAUCAGGGCUCCACUGCAAUUUUCCCUUUCGUAAACGGUCGUUACCAACAUGAACAGUCGAUGCCAACAUCAUAUCCCCUUUUUUCCCUAAGUAUCCACUCCAAAGCCAACAGUCACAAUUUGUGCGUAUUCAAAGAAAUGGUGGCAGAAAAGAAAUUAAUAAAAAAGCCAUGUGGCUGGAAUAUUUUCUAUCAAAAAGUUGCGCUAGCUAUUAAGGACAAGCCCAGCAAGGACUCUGAUAUUGGAAAGGUUUGCACAGUAGCUUCAAAGUUGUGGAGAGACAUUGGGAGAGGAAGAAGAAAAGAUUAGAGGCUGUAAGCCCAGAAGAGACGUGAGGUUUUAGAUAUGUGGCUAUUGGAGGAAAAACAAAAACUAUCCUAAUUGCCAUGGACAAUUUAGCUAUAUGAAAAGGAUUUUCGGUUGCACAAGAAGGGUUGCCGUCCUGUGAAGACUGUGGUCAGUCCUUCCAAAACCUGCAUUUACUUAACAGCCAUAUCAGUUUGGUGCAUACACAAGCAUACAAGUGUGAUGAUUGUGACAAGUGUUUUGCCAACAAGCGCAAUCUAAAGAGGCAUCAAGUAGUGCAUGCAAGUAUAAAGCUAGAGUACGAAAUAUGUCACUCAGGAUUCAGUACAAAAGGCAGCAUGCAAAGACACAAGAAACAGCAACAUCACUGGCACUGACUGCACAGUAUUUGUACAUGUAGUUGACUUUUUUAAUUUAUAUUCCAUUACAAUAUUUUUUUUCUUAACCAGGACAAUUAAGUCUGCAGGCAAUUGCAAAUGUUAUCAGUUGAAACAAUUAAAAUGUAUCUAGGGUCAGUUGUAUUAAACUCCUACUAAAUUUUUACCUAUCCAUUUUGCAGUUCAGUAGUGUUUUAUUAUUUUUAACAGAGCAGGCUUGUGUCUGAAAGCAU